UUCGAAUCGGUAUGCUUCUUGAGUUCAUGUGCUCCGUAGUCAGCUUUGUCUGCAGAUCGACAAACCAUCAUCAUUACCAUCGCCUCCUUUACGAUCGUCUUCACUUGUUGCGGUAUCAAUUUCGCCUUUGGUAUCUUUCAAGCGGUCUUUGAGACUCUUUCGCAACAGCCAAAUACCCCCUUCACCGGAGCGUCGCCUGCAUUGAUCGAUCUCAUUGGCACCAUGUCCAUCUCCCUGAUGACCAUCGGAGCGCCAUUCGUUGUCGCCUGGGCGAAGCGCUUCUCGCCCAAGUUGAUCUCGCUCAUUGGCUCAACAAUAUUUUCCGCGGCGAUGAUUCUGGCAAGCUUUGGUCAGUCUCUGUGGCAUUUCGAAGUCACUCAGGGAGUCCUUCUCGGACUGGGAACCUGUAUGAGCUACAUGGUGGCCGUGACAAUUGCUCCGACUUGGUACACCACUCGCCGAGGCCUCGGACUGGGUAUCAUCACCUCGGGUACCGGCAUCGGAGGUCUUGUUUGGGCACCUGCACUCAAGGCAGCCGUAGACUCGAUGGGUUACCGUAACGCUCUGCGUCUUGCUGGAGGCCUCGCCUUUGGCCUCAACAUCGCAGCUAGUCUAGCUAUGAAGUGGGAACCCGAAACAAAGACUCGAAUCGACAUGGAAAACGGCGCACGAACCAGUCGCCUAGAUGGCCUCCUGAAGGUACCCAUCAUCAACUGGCGAAUUGCUCGUACGCGCAAGUUUGCAGCCCAAGCCCUGGGCGCCAUCUUCCAAUCCGCCGUGUAUUAUCUUCCGCUCUUCUUCUUUGCCACGUACGCCCGGACCUUGGGGUACAGCGACACCGCGGGCGCCAACUUCAUUGCCCUGAGCAACGCUUGCAAUGCAAUCGGGAAGAUAGUCAUUGGUUACGCUGCCGACCACAUGGGACGGCUCAACGCCUUGGUUGUGACGACUCUCAUCAGCGCUAUCGCGACCGUCAGCUUCUGGGUACCCUCGACCUUGUCCGGCGAUGUUGCUGUUUCACAGGGCCUGUUCAUCACCUUCACCAUUCUGUACGGCAUCUUUGCAAGCGCAUACGUCGCUCUGUUCCCUGCAAGCUUAGUUGAGCUCUUUGGAGUCCAGAAUUUUGCCUCCGUCAACGGCGUUCUGUACAUGGUGAGAGGCAUGGCUUCUCUGGUCGGCACUCCAGUUGGCGGUGUCUUGAUCCGGAGUCACUCGUCAGGGAACCCUUCGCGGUCUUACGAAGGCAUGUCGUUGAUGACGAGCGUGCUCCUUUUCGCCGCGUCGUUUGCGGUCAUGUGGGUAAGGAUGGAGGCUAUGGUUGGAGUGGAUGGGAAGCUGGUCAAGAAGUGGAAAAUGUAGGCGUUGAAAAGAUGCUCCUGAUGCUGUUCCGGCUGUUCCGGAAGCUCAAGUCGGGUUGCAUGUAAUCGUUGGACGAUUAAUUGGAGUGGUCAGACGGUGAAGAAUUGACGGACGACGCCGAGGAGUUCCAGAGCAACUAUAGAAUGAUACGAUCACAUGGAGAUUGCCGAUGGGGACAUAGUAUAGAAAAUGGAAAACUGGGGUUCGAGAUUGUUACGGGUCAUUCAGCAGCAUCGGCGGUGGCGGACAUGUGUAAUCACAGCAACACUUCGG